CUCAACCAUGACAUCUUCUUCACUGACAACGCAUGUAAGCUCAUCCCGGACCGAUCGAGGACCCUCCACUCAAUCAGCAAUCCCCGUGGCACCGAGAAAACCAUUAUCCUCUAUGGACCCGAGCAUCCAGCCCCGAGCUUUUCAUGAAAGAGUCUCCUGGAACUCCUCUGACCAUCGCCGCUCUCCAAGCCCACGAACAAUUGUUCCCGAAAGAUGAGUCGCCGGUGCCUUCGGUUCCAGAGAGUGAGGAGCAAUUCAGUUGGUCGCCCAGCGGCUUUCCUGAACCUCGACAGGAGACGCAGGGAGCACUCAGUCUUCCCCUUCGUCAGCACUACGAUCCUCCCUCGGCCUCUACCCAGUACCCGUACCAUUACGUUGUUCAACAGCAAUGGCCUGCCCAAUACCAGUACCCUGUUCUACCACCACAACAGUUCCCCGCUCAGUAUCAAACCCCUCCGCCUCCACCUCCACCUCCACCUCCUCAGCAAUACCCUGUCCAAUACCAGUACCCUGCUCAACAACGAGAAUACCCACCACAGCAACAGUAUACAGCUCCGCAGCAGUACUCUACUCAACAGCGAUACCCUUGUCAGAACCGAUUUCCUGGUCAACACCAAUACCCUGCCACCCACCGGUACCCGGAGCAACAACAAUAUCGCGCUCGCCAACGCUACCCUGCGCGCCAUCACCACCAUCCCAAGCAACACCGCAAAACGAGCACCGCCCGCCGCGCCCUCCAACGUUCGACAAAUUACACGGCAGACGACGUCUCGCAAGAUGGAAUGCCGUCGCGCUUCCGUCGAACUCCUUCUGAGACGCUGUUGUCGCAAGUCGAUUCUCUGCGACGCAAGAUUGCUGAGGAUGAGAAACGGAUCCGGUACGAGAGCGCGUAUGUCAGACGUGAGAGAAAGGAUCUUGCUCCUGCCGAUGACGAUGCGGCGGUGCGGGCGAUUAGGGCUGCAGGCGGACUGGAAGGAGGUGGGAAGGAGAAGGAAAACGCAAGGAAGGGGAACGAAGAAGAAGGAGGAGGAGGAGGAGGAGGAGGAGGAGGAGGAGGAGUGAAAGAGAUUGUCCAAGACGAGACCGGCCAGGGAAGUGCUGCAAGGGACAAGGAGGAAGAAGGUGCCGGGAGCAAAGAGGUUGUCACAAAGAGCCUCGGAGGUGAGAUUCUCCUCUCCACACAUUCCUCCCUUUCUUUCCUCAACAAGCCUCCGCAGCGAGAAGAAAAAGUGCUCAACUGACAAACCAUCAUCGUUUCAUCUUUCCGCCUCAUCAGAACGCGUCCUUCAGAAAAUAGGCGUCCAUCCCACAUCGCCGAUCAAUCGACAGAAACGCGCGGACAUGAAGCGACGACGACGAGAGGUGAGCCUUUACUCCUGUCACAUUCGAACCUGUUUCUGUUCCUACUCGUUCAAAUCUUGGUGGUGAAGGAUGCUGACGCUGACGAUGGUGCAUCUUUCAGGAACAGGAAGCACGGCAACGUUGGUUCACGAGGGACGAAGAUAGCUACAGACGACGGUCGUCUUGAAUGGCUUUUGAGUUGCUUUUUUGGAUUCGUGUGAUUGGAACUUUUGGUAGAUUGAGUUAUCAAUGCAUUGUGCUUUGUUGGAAUGAUUCAAUGGUAUAUAUCGUGAAGUGAGUGAGUACG